UUUCAUCUGAUUCUGGAGAGAGUUGUAGGGAGAAGAUGGGGAGAGAAGUAUCAGAGAGCUGUGUGGAGAGUCUAUUGACGGAGAUGGUGUCCUCGUAUUGCACCCGUUUCUACGCCGACAAGCCGGAUCUCGCCGCCCGUAGAAUCGAAGCCAUUGGCUACCAGGUCGGCCACCAGCUCUCCGAACGAUAUACUAUGGAGAGGCCCCGGUUUAGUGAUCAUCUAGAGGCAAUCAAGUUUAUCUGCAAGGACUUCUGGUCUGAGCUCUUCAAGAAGCAAAUAGACAACUUAAAGACAAACCACAGAGGUACCUUUGUAUUACAAGAUAAUAAGUUCCGUUGGCUUUCACGCAUGUCAGUGGAUCCAUCACCUGAAAACACAGGUUCAGCCCAAGAUCCUUCUACGGAUGAAAACAAGGCAGCACAAGCAACAAGCAUGCAUCUCUACUUUCCGUGUGGAAUCAUAAGGGGAGCACUUUCGAACUUGGGAAUCCCAUGUGCAGUUUCUGCUGACAUAUCCAACCUUCCUGCAUGUUCCUUUGUGGUUCGUAUAAAGGCCUGAUUAGCAUUCAGCAGAAAGUCAGUCUGAAAUUGGGGUUUCAAGCAUCUGUUAUAAAGUGGAGAUUGAUUAGACUCCUUGUAUUUACUUUUACUCUCAACAGCUAUUGUUGCACCAGAGCCUUUAGGUUGGAACUUCUGAUCCAUAUGAUGGGUGGAAGGAGUUGUUGGGGGUGAGUGAAGUCCGGAAUUACCAUAUGCGACAUCUAAAUUGUAUAAUUUCUAAAAUCCUUGUCCUUGAUUUUUUAGAAGGAA